GUGAAAGUAAAAAAUAGUGAAUUUAUGCUUCUUAAUCUAUAAUAACAGAAGUGGAGAUUUUAAGAAGAAAUACUGAUGAUAAUUAUGAAUCAUAUGUUUUAUCUAAUGUAUUUUGAUUUAUAAUCCGUGGAGGUUACAAAACAUCUUUUAUAGAUGAAUUUUAUUCAUGCUUGAGUCUAAUUAAUAACCACUAACUAAACUGUAACCCGACUCAGACUUCUAAGGAUUAUUUGUAGUGACUGAAGACUUCACCGCCUUGUUUGGAAAUUCGAGUUUGUAUUAAGUAUACAAAUAAGAAAAAUCAAGGAGAUUAUUAUAUGAUAAAAUUGCUUAUUUUUAGAAACUGUUCCUUAAGCUAUGAAUAUCGUGACCUGAUUAAGAAUAAUGGUAGAUGAGGAACCGAAGAAAUUUGGGUGUGGGGCGCUCUGGGAAGCGAGGACGAUCAUAUCCUUCUGGUGGCUGGGACUCUGCAACAACUAUGGAUACGUCGUCAUGCUAUCUGCUGCCCACGAUAUUCUUUCCGACUUCGAUGUUGAGGAUCACGUUGAAAGUCCUUUUAUCCGAGAUUGCAACACGCUGAGCACAGGGGUUAUCCUUCUAGCAGAUAUCGUUCCGACCAUGAUGGUCAAGGUCAUUGCACCUUUUCUACCACUUAUGAUUUUUGUAAGAAUGGCAGGUGUCGUAUUACUGUCAGCGAUCGGAUUCGUGUUGGUAGCAUCGAGAAUAGAUAAGUUGGUUGUAUUGUUGGGAGUUGUAUGCACUUCGUUUUCUUGUGGCCUUGGGGAAACUACUCUUCUCAGCUAUAUGGUAUUUUUUAAGACUCAGAAUGUCAUAUCCACUUGGUCUUCGGGCACCGGCGGCGCUGGUAUCCUAGGAGCUGGCAGUUAUGCUGGCCUAAUCGCAGCAGGAUUAUCACCUUCCGCUGCAAUAUGGAUCAUGCUGAUAGUACCCACUGUUCAAGCAGUUUGCUUCGUUUUUUUUAUUGAUCAUCCCAAAACUGAUGUUAAAAUAGAAGAAUCUGAAAUUCCAACUGAAGCAGACUUGUUAACAUGUGAGCAAAAGAUGAGUUUAUUGCCAGUUCUUUUGAUUAGAUACAUGGCUCCUUUCGGACUGGUCUAUCUAUUCGAGUACUUCAUAAAUCAGGGCCUCUUCGAACUUUUGUACUUCCCAAAUAGCUUUCUCACGCAUCACCAGCAAUACCGGAUGUACCAGCUCCUUUACCAGAUCGGAGUAUUCAUAUCUCGUUCAUCGAUGAACAUAGUGAAGAUCGACUGGUUGUGGGUCAUGGCCAUUCUUCAGUUCUGUAACGUGGUCCUGUUCACCUGCGAAGUCAUGCAAGGCUUCAUAACCUUCCUAGCUAUCAUGAUGGUCCUCGUUGUCUGGGAAGGUCUGCUGGGUGGGGGAUGUUACGUCAACACUUACCGCAGGAUCGCCUCGGAAAUGGAACGAGAUCAGAGGCAGUUCAGCAUGGGAAUCUGUGGAGUAGCUGAUGCACUCAUGAUAACUCUUGCUGGUAUUUUAGCUAACCCUGCACACAAUAGUCUCUGUAAUGCCGCCAAAACGUACCCGUAUAUAAAUCCCAGGAAAAGUAAAUAUUUUCUUAGAUUUUUUUUAAAGAAUAAAUACGACUGAAGUGUGUUAUAUUUUAACUUGUGAACAGAGCUUCAAUUUUGCUUAGACUUCAGGCAUAUGUUUUUGUAGUUUCAUUGUUAAUAUUUAUAAUUUUUAUGAAUAAGCCUUUAUAAAUUCUUGAAUAAAUUAUUCCCCACGUUUGUUUUAAAAGAACUAUAUCUGUUUGUUUUAAAAACUCUAUAAUCGAUACUUAUUUACCUAAAAAAAUAAAUAAAAGUACUAUUAACAUUAUAAUUACUCCAGUAAUUUCAGCUGAUAGUCGUAUAUUUCCUCAAACCUUUAUGAUUCUCAGUAAAAAUCGUUGAAGUUAAUCUCGAAUUGGAAAAAAAUUCCGAUCCAACCUUAUUAAGGCUUAUGAAUAUAUGGAUUUGUUAACAAAAAUAAUUUCGUUAACUGAAUGACAGUAUUUAUUAAAUCUACCUUAUAUCACAUUAAAUAUGUUUUAAUUUGGAUCAAAAUGAUGCAACCGAUCACAUUGUUUAUAACGCCUCAUUUACAAAUUAUUAUUAUUUUUUUUUUAGUUUAUUACAUAAACGUGUUUCGGUUCGUAAUAAAAAAUAAUUACAUGACUUGUGCCUUCGGGGAAAUUAAAUUAGUUGAGUGAAUUAAUACAGAAUCGGCCUCUAUAUUGGAAUUGGACACACGUAUUUGUUGUGCAAGAAGGGCCAAUCUGCAAUUCACUAAUGUAUUCCUGAAAUUCUAAACGUUAUUAUUUACCAUGUUUUUUUUUUUUUGUUUUUUAUAGCUUUUCGUUUGGCUAAUAAAAAUUAUUGGCUGAUGAAAAAAAAGUAGUUCGGUCCAUAUUUCUCCAUAACUAAUUCGAUAUGUUAAGUGUGAGCUAUUUUUACCCCAGUAUGUUGAAGCCACGAGAAUGGUUAUGCGUUUGGCUUAACUGACGGCUGUUAAGUUUAAUAGCUCAUAUUAUUCAGUAAGAUUUCGUAAGUGAUUUGAAACAAUCCGGGCUCAAGACAUAACUGUUUGUAAAAUGAGUUUAAUUCUUUAUUUCUUUUUUUUUUUU